GCCGAAUACUCGAGUUCCUGAGUCGUGAGUGUCGGCGACGGUAGUGACGCGUAUUGCCCGGAGGAUGGCGGACGCCGGCUUGCGCCGCGUGGUUCCUAGCGACCUGUAUCCUCUAGUGCUCGGCUUCCUGCGCGAUAACCAGCUGUCGGAGGUGGCCAGUAAGUUUGCCAAGGCCACAGGCGCGACCCAGCAGGAUGCCAACGCCUCAUCCCUCUUGGACAUCUAUAGUUUCUGGCUCAGUAGAUCCACCAAGGCCCCAAAGCGGAAAUCACAGACAAAUGGACCCUUGACAAAGAAGGCUAAGAAGGCCUCAUCCAGUGACAGCAGUGAGGACAGCAGUGAGGAAGAGGAGGAAGCCCAGGGGCCUCCAGCAAAGAAAGCUGUUGUACCUGCCAAGCGGGCUGGUGUGCCUCAGCCUCCUGGAAAGGCUGCAGCCAAAGCAUCAGAGAGCAGCAGCAGUGAAGAAUCCAGUGAUGACGACGAGGAUGAGGAGGACAGCAAGAAAAAGCCUGUUCAGAAGGCAGCUAAACCCCAGGCCAAGACCGUCAAAGCUCCUCCUAAAAAGGCUGAAAGUUCCGAUUCGGAUUCUGACUCCAGCUCAGAGGAUGAGGAACCAAAGAACCAGAAGCUAAAGACAACUCCCGUCGCAGCUAAAUCUCAGGCUAAGGCCCCCGCCAAACCAGGUACUCCAGCGCGGGCAGCGCCUAAAGUUAACGGCAAAGCAGCUGCUGGCAGCAGCAGCAGCAGCAGCAGCAGUGAUGACUCCGAGGAGGAGCCGGCAGCGGCGCUCCCCAAGAAGGCUGUCCCCAAAAAGCAAGUUGUGGUCAAGGCCCCGGUGAAAGCAGCUGCCGCCCCCGCCCAGGAGAGUUCCAGUAGUGAGGACUCCUCCAGUGAGGAAGAGGAGGAGCAGAAAAAAACCGUGAAGAAAAAGCCAGGUCCCUAUAGUUCAGUUCCCCCACCUUCAGCUCUGCCUCCCAAAAAGCCCCUGGGAUCCCCAGCUCCCAAGAAAGUAGCGGAGAAGAAACAGCCGGCCGAGAGCAGUGAGGACAGCAGCGAGGAGUCGGAUUCAAGUUCUGAGGAAGAGAAGAAACCCCCAGCUAAGACAGUCACCCCCAAAGUGGCUGCUAAAGCGGCUCCAGCAAAGAAGGCGGCAGAGAGCUCUUCCGACAGCUCGGACUCUGACAGUUCUGAGGAUGAAGCUCCUGCCACAGCCCUCAAGCACCCCGUGGCCAAGCCAGCGCCCGCCCCCAAGCACCCUGCAGCAAAGCCAGUGCCCACUCCCAAGUCUCCUGCGGCAAAGCCAGCCUCCACCCCCAAGCAGCUGGCAGCUGGUGCCCCGAAGCCACUGACCAGAAAAGCCGAUAGCAGCUCCAGUGAGGAGGAGAGCAGUUCCAGUGAGGAGGAAGAGGCCACCAAGACGCCAGUAGCCACCCCGAAGGCCAAGGCGCCAGCCAAAGCCGCUGCGUCUUUGCCUGCAAAGAAGGCCCCUCCGCAAGGUGGGGACAGCAGCUCUGAUUCUGACAGCUCGAGCAGCGAGGAAGAGGACGGGGAGGAAGAGAAGCCGUCCAAAGCCCCGGGGAAAAAGAAGCCACAGAAGGCAGCAGGAGCUGCGGGCACCCCCAAGCCAGCCGCGAAGAAAGUGAAGGCUGAGAGCAGCAGCAGCGACUCCUCGGACGACUCCAGUGAGGAGGAAGAGGAGGAAGAGAAGCCCAAGGGCAAGGGCGCUGCAAAACCGCAGACCCCCAAGACCAAUGGCACCUCUGCACUGGCUGCCCAGAAUGGGAAGGCGGAGGAGGAUAGUGAGGAGGAGGAGGAGGGGGGCAAGAAAAAGGCGGCGGCCGCUGUUCCUAAGCAAGGUUCAGGAAAGAAGCGGAAGCAGAACGGAGCUGCCAAGGAGACGGAGAUGGACACAGAGACGCCUCAAGCCAAGAAGAUAAAGCUCCAGACCCCUAACACGUUUCCCAAGAGGAAGAAAGGAGAAAAGAGGGCCUCGUCCCCGUUCCGAAGGGUCAGGGAGGAAGAAAUCGAGGUGGAUGCCCGAGUAGCCGACAAUUCCUUUGAUGCCAAGCGAGGUGCCGCUGGAGAUUGGGGGGAACGAGCCAAUCAGGUUCUGAAGUUCACCAAAGGCAAAUCCUUCCGGCAUGAGAAAACCAAGAAGAAGCGGGGCAGCUACCGGGGAGGCUCCAUCUCAGUCCAGGUCAAUUCUAUUAAGUUUGACAGCGAGUGACCUGCGCCCCUCAAGCCCACCUCCCCGUGACCAAGACCACUUUCCCCGGUGGACCUGGAAGUCCUCAGCUGCAUAAGGGGAGGGUAUUAGUGAAGGCCACGGGUUGGAAUUGGUCCGAAGACUGGUCUGAAUGUCCCAGCAUUCUGCCUGGUCCUUUCUGUGUUGGUAGCUAUGUACAGAUUUGAUUUUGAGUGUCAAGUAGCAAGGAUGCGGUAAGGGGAGUGUUUUUUUUUUUUUUUUUUUUUAAGGGAAUUUGUCUGGUCUCCACUCCCUGCCCUGUGGAAGUCCUCGUAUUGAGAAAUUUGUAUAUUUUAUAUUAAAUUGUUUCCUAUUGGUUUUGGCUGUGAUUUUCAGAAGUGGGUCCCCACAGAUAAAAGCUACUGUGCAAAACAGUACAGGGGAACCGUAUGGGUUUUGCCGAUGGGGUCCCUCUGCCUGUGUAGCACACGGGUGCCCUUUACACCUCUCUGGUCCCUGAGCCCUGAUGAGGGGGGUGAGGAAUGGUUUACAUCUGUCUGUUCAGCACGGACUCGUGCAUCUUCACUCAUUGAGUUUAAAAGUUUUUAUCCCACAUGCAUUUACCUACUUCUAGGGGAUAAAAUUCGUUGCUUUGUUACAGGCAGAAUUCUGUGUAGUGUGAAUGUCAGGGGUCUGUUCGAGUAGUUUGUUUUGUUUUGUUUUGGUUAUUAUUUGUAAAACAUGUUUUUAAUUUGAGCAUAUAAACUUUUGUAUUGUUCAAACACUUUUCGAUGGCCCUUAUUAGCAUUGAGUACUCAAUUGAGGACUGCAUGCUUUUUUUUUUUUACCUUUUAGAGAAUAAAGUAACUUAAUGUGAAAAGCACAUAACACUUGAUAAUUCUGUCUUGACAGCAGUGUGACCCAGAACGCAUUUUACUAACUUCUAGGUGGUUGAGAAUCAAGAAAGGAAGAGUAGAAACACUAUGAUUAAAAAACUUCCAUCCUCUGUAGGAAUUAGGGUUUUAUUAGUCAAGUAAAUUUAUAGGUAACCUAAAUAAUGUGCUAAUGGAGAUGGGAAGAAUCUUUCCAAAAGUCUAUUAAUUGGUAAAAUGAGUAGAAUGGGAUUGCAGAAAUAUAACAGGACUUGUGUUUUGUCGUCGUCACCUGGGAGCCUUUCUGAACUUCAACAGUAACAGUGAAAGUACUGAAUAAGAAAGAGUGAGGGCUGGACAUAGCCCAGUGGGCCAGAGUGCAGGCUUUCUGUGAAGGAGGCCUGGGUUUGAUCCCAGCACCACUGGGACCCUGAGCACCCCUGGGUCUGGCACCCCAAACAAAAGAAAUAAAAACCAGUGAGCAGAGCUUUGCCUCCUAGGUCAAACUUGGCUGAUUUGUAAGAGGUUGUCAGAGGCUGAACAAGAUGAAGCGAGAAGAGCCAGCCACCCAACUCCCCGGACUGUGGGAGCCUGGCCUGACUUCAUGCAUCAGCUGUAGGUCAUAAGAUGAGUUCUUCCUGUUGGAAUCCACACCCGCUAAUUAACCAGAUCAUAAUCCGGUCUUCCGUGUAACUGCCUCUGGGAAGAAAAUGUACUGUUCAUGCUGACAUAGGUGCAUCAGUCUGCAUGGUAAAAGUUAAAUGGUCUAACAAAAUAAUAAACUGGCUGGUUUAUAAUGUG